AUGUUCUUCAUCAGCGCUAUUGUGAAGAACAUUGCGCCCAUUUUCAUAGCAACAAGCCCGAUAACCAGCUAUGGUGACCAAAUCUACAGCAUGCACCGCUCCCGCAGCUCCGCGGGCUUCUCCCUCGACAUCCCCCUCAUCAUGCUCGUCGCCAGCAUACUAAAAGUCUACUACUGGUUCGGCGCCCACUUUAGCACCUCGCUACUCGUCCAAGCCCUCCUCAUGAUCGUCGUCCACCUACUCCUCCUGCACGUCGCGCUGACAAACCGGCCGCCGCCCUCGCACCUCCCCUUCCAACACAAAGACGCGUCGAACCGACCAUACUCCUUCUGGCAGUGGCGCGCGCCGCGGCCGUAUUGGGCGUUCAUAACGUAUUUCACGGGAGGUCUGCUGGUGCUGCACAUGGUCAUGUCGUCAACGGCGGUGUUUAUCCCGUAUACUGAUUUUCUGGGCUUGGUGGCGCUGACGAUUGAGGCGACGUUGCCGUUGCCGCAGUUGUUGGCGAAUUGGCAGCGGAGGGGGUGUAAGGGGUUUAGGCCGAGUGUUAUUGUGAAUUGGGUGAUUGGUGAUACGUUCAAGAUGUGGUUUUUCUUUGCUAGUAGUAAUGGGGAGGUGCCGUGGGCGUUCAAGGCUUGUGGUGUUUUUCAGGCUUGUUGCGAUUUGGGGCUUGCAGCGCAGUAUUUGAUUUGGGGGGAUGGGCCGUUGGGGGUUGAGGGCUUGGGGAGAGAGAAGGAGUUGAGGAGUCCGUUGCCUGUCGAGGAUGGGUGGAGUAUGGAGAAGAUGGGGCAGUUCGGUUCGAAGGGGAUUCAGAUGGAUGGCGGACAGGCUUGGGAGAGGCCGAGGGGAUGA